UGGUACGCCAAAUGGUUGGCCGUACUCCAACGCAAGAUCGGAUUUUUGCUGCACAACAAAUCGUUUCGUAGUAAAACAAAUUCCAAGAAAUUGUGUGUGACAUGGAUUAAGUCAUGAUCGACGUCUGAGUAACUAUUAAAAUUAUUUUAAUAAUAUGCCAUAUUGAAAAGAGUUGAAGCAUCGCCAUCGUAUUAUGAAAUAAAAAUUUGUCUUCACUUGCAACUAUUUUUUUUGCGUUAGUAUAACGUGGCUCUUUUUCUACCGCUCAGAAAAUUCCACAGCGCUUUGGAUGUCAGUCAAUAAACUGAAAGUUAGAGUUUAGUUUUAUAUUUAAUUAGUUUUUUUUUUUCCUUCCUGAGGCUGCAGUUAUGACACCUGGACAAAUGUUUUGGACGUAACAUGCGGCGGGAAGUCAGCAUGAUCCUUUCUGGAAUUACUCACAAUGGUUUCUUAAGCUAGCGUCUGCAACUGCCAAGAAGAAGGAAACCGCAUUCAACAUUCCAAAUCCAGCUAAUGGAAUAAGUGUUCUCUGUUUUUUUGUUGCUUGUUUUUCUGUGUGUGUAUGUGCGUCCGAAAAAGGAAAAAGCUGAACGGAGAAUUUUAUUUUUUGCAAUGAGUAGUGUCAAGGCACUACCCAUCGGACACGUUGCCAGUCCCAUGUAUGUGGUCAUGGAUAGUUCUCUUGGGCACAAAAAGAGCAUCCACUGGCCUCCUCAUGAAUCCAACGCUCAACAGAAGCGGCCGCCCCACGCCCCUUUCCCCCCAGGGGGCGGGCACCCAAGCCCGCCCCUGACGGGCACCAGGGGGUACCCGUACCCCCAGGAUCCAACGUCUCGGUGCUCCACAUCGUCUACCUCUUACAUCACUUCGGUGGUCGCUUCCUCCCCCCACCUGGUACACUCGGCGGGGGGCGGGGCCAUCUAUGCAUCUCCUAAUCACUUGUACAGGGAUACCCAUUUCCAAAUUGACAAUAGGCAGCAAUCUGAUAGUCAUCACAUCGACAGAUACCCCGAGCAGCAGCAUGUGCACAAUGUGAGGAGGAGGCUGUCCCUAAGGCCGACUCCAGAGUAUUCAGCGGUUUUAGAAAGAGAAAGGUACAUGGAUGCAUUCAGGUAUCAGUACGACCGUGAUGUAACGGUUCCUUAUUCCUCGAACGCCAUGGCGGCGAGAACCCUCAAACCUCAAGCGGUCAGCGUUCACACUCCGUCGGAAAUGGACGCUGUGCAGCCGAUUAAAAGACCGCGCCUCGCCGUCGAACCCAAAGCACCCGUCCACCAACCUCUUGUAGUUGACACGAGGAAUGUUGUGAUAAAAAAAGAUCAAGCUUAUACUCCGCAGGUUGAAGCCAUUUCUCCAACGCUGCCCUCUGAGGAAGGCCGGUGUGAUUCUCCUAUGAGGUUGUUAAAAGAAAACAUUCUUACAAAUAUCAAACAAUUAGAUAAGGAAAUUAACCAAGUCGAGUCUCAGGUUUCAAAGCUUCGGAAGAAAAUGCAUGAUCUGGAAGUUGAAUCCAGUAAGCCAUCAGUUUCUAAAGAAGUGGCGAAAGAAGUUAGUCCUAUAGAAUCAAAACAGAUGAGCAUAGCUCAAAUUAUCUAUUCAGAAAACAGGAGUAAAGCCCAAGAAUCACAUGCUGUGUUAGAAAAAUUAGGUCAAAAAGUUGAAAUUCCCAUGUAUAACCAACCAUCUGAUACAGCUGUGUACCAUGAAAAUAAAAGAAAAUAUCAAAUAUUUAAAAGUAGGUUACUUAAAUGGUUUAAGAAACGCCAUAAAGAAAGAGAAUUAAGGGAGAAGCAUAUUACAGAUUCUUAUAGCAAAUUUAUGCAAGAAUGGCUGAAAAAAUUAGAAAAGAAAGAAUCAAAUACUACAAAAAAGGCAAAAGAUGCAAAGCUCAGAGAGUUCUUUGAAAAACAAUUUCCUGAGCUUAAAAAACAGAGGGAAGACAAAGAAAGAAUAACCAGGGUCAGUCAAAGAAUUCGUAGUGAUGCAGAAUGGGAAGAAAUCAUCGAUGGUUUACAAGAGCAAGAAUUGGAAGAGAAGAAAAUGAGAAGCUAUGCUGUGAUACCUCCAAUUUUAUUGGACAACCGACAAAGGCGGAUGUGGUACAUCAAUAAGAACGGUCUUAUUGAGGAACUCAGCCAAGAGUACAAAGAAAAACAAAUGCUCAACAUCUGGACAGAUCAGGAAAAAGCUAUUUUCAGGGAGAAGUACCUUCAACAUCCGAAAAAUUUUGCCUUUAUUGCUUCCUGUCUAGAUAGGAAGAGUGUGUCAGAUUGUGUCCAGUACUAUUACCUGUCUAAAAAAAGUGAGAACUACAAACAGCUUUUACGAAAACAUAGUGUUAGGAAAAGAACAAGAGCUUUAGUAAAGGCACCACAAAGUCAGCAAUUACAGCAACCAUCACAAAGUACUGGAGUUACAACCAGGCAACAGGAAGAUGCUAAAGCACUGGCUUUUUCAUCAACAAACACUUCAUUGAUUCCCAACAUAGAAAUGAAUACUCAGGCUUCAAUGGAAUGUAGUACAGCUACUACAACCUUGCUAACCAAUUGUAUUGCGUCUUCUGAAUCUGGUGAUAUUGUCACGACAACUGCAGUCGAUGUUCCUUCAUCAUCUACUCUUAUGGACACUCCAUUAUCCGACAUAACUAGUGAGAAUAAAGAGCCCGUGAAGAUAAGCUUGCCGAACAACAUCAGGAAAAAGAAAGAGAUUGAUCAACUGAUGGAGAAUAAAGGCGAUGUGCCUAGUGAUAGUGAUACAGCUAGUGAUCAUCAAAAUGAGAAUAAUGCUUCUCAGCCUUGUGCAGUUUGUAAAAUGGUGCUGGACAAUUUCAAUCAAUCACGUCCCCUUACAAAGUCAAAUUGCAGUAUGUUUGGAAUCAAGGAAAGUCAGUUAGUUGGUGACAUGAGAGUUUGCGCUUCUUGUCGAUUCAAAUCUGUCAGAAAAAGGUGUCCAGUUCCUACCUGCAAAACACCAAGAAGAAAAGUGAAACGAUUAAGACCUCUCCCUGGAAAACUAGCCGAAUUACCUAAAGAGGCAAAAGAGGCCAUAAUAGCCGAACUGCAGAUUCCAACUGAUGUGAAUAAAUGCUGUUCGGCCUGCUUCAAUAGGAUUAUUCGAAAAUUAGAAAAUAAUUCCGCAAAUGAAAGUGAACCUAGUGAAAAUUCCAGAUGGACAGAAGAAGAAAUGGAGUCUGCUAAACAUGGACUUCGUCAACAUGGAACAGACUGGGAAGCAAUUUCAAAAUUAGUUGGAACUAAAAACAAAGAUCAGUGUCGAAACUUUUACUUCAAUUAUAAACGAAAAUUUGGUUUAGAAGAUAUUGUUCAGGAAUACAAAAAGUUAAAGGGUGAUAAAGAUGAUAACGAACAUGAUGGUAAACCACCUCCCAUUGUGACAGAUGAGGAAGAGAGCGGAGAAACAACGUCCAGUUGUGAUGAAGACGACCGGGCAGAUAGAUGCAGCAGUGAUACUGCCAGUGCUCCAAGUCCAGUUGAUAAAAUUUUGGUUGAAGAUAAAAGUGAAAGUCAAAAAGCACCUGAGCUUAUUUCUGAUUCAAAUCAGCCCAACAGUGUUGGUACUGAAGAAUCUAGAACACGCAGUUUGCCACAACUUGAUACUAGUCCCAAGUGUCUGCCUGAUUAUGACAGUAGUGCAACAGUGAGUGCCGAUGAAAGUCAAAAUCCUAUCGAUGGCGAAGGUCGAGAGUCUUCUCCCCGAGUGAUUCAUUCAGCCCACGGGCCUCUGAAAAUAUCCUCUGGUUGUGAAACACCUAGAAAAUCUUUUCAAAGUCCAAUGCCUCUCCCUAAAGAAACGGAAAACAAACAGCCGGACCCUCUAGUGAAGACUCUACUGCAGGAUCCGAAGAUUGGAGCCGGCCAGCCAGAUCUUUCAUCAUCGUACAUUCAAGCAUGCAAAGCGAAAGCUGACGAACCUACUUGUGUUCGAGAUUUGAUUUAUCAGGCGAUUGAAAUGAGCUUGCAGUAUCCUGCAAAACAAGGAAGGAAUAGUAGCCCUAUUCCUCCCAGUGCAGUUACUGGAUUAAAACAGGAAACUGCAGACAUUGCUAUUGUAGAGCCUAAGAAAGAAGUAGACAGUUCAGUUCCAUUUCCACCAACGGCCCAUAGCGGUUCUCGGCAUCCUUCUCGCCCUGGCUCUCAUCACAUGGAUAUGCCCAUGGAUUGUGAAGUGCAAGAUCUUAGUAAGAAAGUCAAAUCUAGAGAUGUCAGUCCUGUGAAGGAAAUCAAACGGGAUCGUGUGAUGACCCCUGUGCGACCUUCUUCUGGGUCUAAUGGUUCUUCAUCUCACCUGCCGUAUUAUGUUGCCCCUCCCCCAGCACACUGUAACACUUUCCGUACUUCUCAACCACCACCUCCUGCUCUAUCUCCUCAUUACAUAGCAGAACCACAUCAUGAUUCUUACUUCCCUCGAGCAAAUGAUCCGAGAGGCAAAACCUUCAUCAGCGAAAGGCCUCAUUCACAACCACCUCAUCUGGUUGCACAGUCUGCAUCCAUGAGCGGCGCACCAUUACCAACACAUGCGAAGCCAGUGCCCAUAAAAGCAACUGUACCGCCACCUCCACCACUUGUUGCAUCUAAACCCACACAGAUGUCUCCAAAAAUGCCUUUCAAGGACAGAUUAGUUUCCAUACCUCCUGCUGGAUCAAUAACACAAGGAACUCCUGUAAAUCAGCAAUCAAUACCCGUACCACCCACUAAUCUCCCACCUGCCAGAUAUGAGGGUUUCCUCAGACAAUUACCAGUUCCUCAGUCAAAAGAUGGUGGUUCUAUCACUCUGGGCACUCCGGUGCCACAUGAUUCCAUUAAACGUGUUCCUAGUACCAGACCGGAAGCAUUUGCUCAAAUUCCUGAUAACUUAGUUCGCCAGUCAGUACCUGCAUUAUAUGAGCCUGGUGUUAUGGAAUAUUGUCGUCAAGUGGCGCCAGGUGGUCAACCGUAUUCAUUUCCCCCCGCCUAUGCCACUUAUCCCACUAAUGUGUCCGCACAGAGGCCACCUUACGCUAACGAGUCUCAACUCAGUUCAAAGCAAAUCAUGAUAGAUUUUAAUACCUCCAAGCAAAUGCAACUGCGGCGUGGUGGAAAUGGAGCCCCUGAGAAAGAAGUCAAAGUAUCUCCUAGAAGUAGUGAUUCUAGCCCAGCACCAAUUAUACCACAAGAAAGUCAUCUUCAUCCUAUGUAUCCUCCUGCAAACUAUCAAACAAGUAGCAGUUCUCAUUACAGUAAUCACGUUCCUUCCAACUAUCAACCUAUCGAUUCAAGGUAUAACAUGCAUCAUCGAUCUCCUAGUGUUCAAAUGGAUAGAACGCGAAGUCCUUCUGGUGUGGAGUCGCCACUCAACAGUAAUUAUGCUCAGCACCCUGGUAAGCGCAGUCCAAGCUUGUCUCUAGCAUCUAGUAGGCAAAAUGUAAUUCAUCGUAGCAUAACAUGGGGUACAGGUAAACCGUCUGUGAUACAGUCGCCGCAGUCAGCAUCGCCUAGAACUCCAGACAUGCGAAGUGAAACUGUAAGUCCUGCAAAUGUUAGAAAAUCAACUCCAUCCCCCAGACAUCCUCAGCCUAUGGUUUAUCCUGCAGUUCCGCCAUCUGGUCACGAUGCAUUUAAUACUUUAGUGAAUGCAGCAGUUGCUCAACCUAGUUUAGCUGUUCCAAAAGAUGGCAAAAGAUCACCCACACCAAAUAUGCAUGUUAGGCAAGAAGUGAAGUCUCCGAGAGAAAGACAAGUUGUUGAAGGUUUGGAAAAAACUAUGAUCGACAUGCACCAGCGUCCGAGGUCUUACACAGAUUCGGGACCUAAUGUGAAUUCACUUGAGCGUGGAAGGAAUGAUGCUAAUUCAUCUGAACAAGCUCAAUUACUAAAUGAAAAUCAUCGGUAUGUGGGCAGUGUACAUAAUUCUUAUGAUCCGAGGGAACACCAAAGGUUGGCAGAAAAACAGCAAAUGUUAAUGAAUGAACAACCAUCUACAUUGAGGUUAGGUAACAUGAGAGAACCAUUUUCUAGAGAACAAUUUGAGCGUCAAAUGAGACAAACGAAUGUAUCAGCUCCGAGAGAACGAUCUAAUGUUAAAAAAGAAGAGGAAAGAGUUCCUCUAAGGGAAAGAGGACCUCUAUCAGAAAAUCAAACUCAAAACUAUCCAAGUCACUCUCAGCAGUCAGAGUUGGAUAAUGAGGCUUCCAAAAUAUUUUCGCAAUCUUUCCAGAAAGAUGCUCCCAAGUCAAAUUCAUCUCCAAGAGGUUUUACUGCCGCUAAUUUGAUUGAUGCCAUAAUUACAAGACAAAUUAAUCAAAAUGUUGAAGCUCCUACAAACAAGAGUGCAGGAAUAGACUUAUUUAAUCAAUAUCACACAGGUUAUGACGAUAAUAAAAUGCCUCAAAAAACUAAUAAUGCAAAACAAAACCCAAGAACUGAAGUAGUUACAAUUGAUGAUGAGCCUGAAAAUGAAAAGACUGUACCUUCAUCAACUGAUAGGUCUAAUGCCCAUGGCCGUUCUCCCAAUACCCCACCUAAUAAUAAUACUCAUGGCCCUGUGCCUGGUGUUCCAAUGUCAUACUCAGGCGAAAAGGUAUUUACACUGAGUGAACAUAUUGCUGCUAUUAUAUCUAAAGACUACAAUAGUCCCUCAGAUGUCAAGCAAUCACAGCCACUUUUCAGUAAUAGUCAAUCACCUGCAAACACAACUACUUCAGCCUCAUCCAGAACGUCUUAUGUUAUUGGUGGAUCUUCAGGGCCUCAUAGUUCUGCCAAUGCUAAACAAUUGGAAGGCAUUGCUGCUGUCUUACCGACAGAAGGAGUUCUUGUAAAUUCAAACAUUCCCCAUAAUGUUCCUGAUCAUAGUGCACAAAAUUGUCCUGGAAAUGGAUGUUCAUAUCAUACUCAUAGUUGGAAAUUGAGAAGAGCCCUGCAGCAAGAGAGGGAGAGAGAACAUCGGUCUCCCAGCUCUAACGAAAACAUUCACAAGCAAAAUUCUAAUCAAAAUUCGGAUGCGGUGACCUCCCAAGAAGAGAGGCAAAUUAUUCGGGUAGCUCAGAGUUCUCCGAACUCUCAGGCAUCUCGAGCCGCUUCAGCUGGACCGUAUGGUGUUGAACCCAUAUCUCCACCUAGUCAAGUAAAUGAUAAUGGGGAAAGCAAUAACAGAAAUCCUUCAAAUCAAAGCAUUACCAGUGGGCUGAAUCAGCCUCCAGUGUGGACUAACAAUCCGAGUUUGUCGGGAAUUUUCGCAGCUAGGCAUAUUUAUGCGCAAGAAUAUCCAGAUGGCAUUCCUUCUUCCAUCGCUCAUUAUCCUGUCCCAUCUCCUGCAAACUCGAACCCUGUCCAAGCCCCUACCAGACCUCAUCAGCAACAGCAAGUGGGUUUAUCGCCGUUCGAUUAUGUGAGAAGUCGAAUCGUUGAAGUUAUGAGAACUACGACAGAUGAUGAGCCAGAGGCGGCAGAAUCCCGCCGGCCACAGUCUGCCAUGAGCCAUUCAGAUGAACGAGAACAUCUUCAACAUGUGUAUCGCUUCCAACCAGGUGCUGAAAGAGAGGUACCAUCUGAGAGACCUUGUAGCACGGGUAAUGGGCCUCCUUUAUUACAAGGUCAACGCUACAGUCCAGCUAUGUCGCGUUACAGUCCCAUACCCCCGAGACCUUCGAGUGCCGUCGAAAGAGUUCCGAGCCGAAAUUCAACGCCAGGCGAACUCUCUCGGCAACAUAAACGUGGUUCGGAAGGUCAUAUUGUCACGGGAGAUUGGAGAGAUAACCAGACUGUGUCUUCCAGAGCAAGCUCACGAUCUGUGUCUCCCAAUACCCUAGACCAUCCCGAUAAUGUGAGUCGUAAAAAAACUCGUGCCGAAGGUACGUACAUCCCCGAAAGUACGACAGAAAGAGCUCCAGUGUUACUGCCCCAAAAUUCUCUAAAUGUGCAUCGUUCGAGUUCUAUAUCUGAAGCACCUCGUCUCAGCUCAAGCAAUCAGAGCGCUCAGGUUUUAGAAUGUCAAAGUGCUUCCAAAGGCAUUGUGUCUCCGCAAAAUGAACAGUACCUUCCAUCACCUCAAACAGAAAGUGAUUGUUUCAACAAAUUUCGAAUCGGUGAUAGACCUGAAACUCAAUGGAGUUUAAUGAAUAAUCACAGUCGAACUACUGACGCCGAGCCGGUGGGACGGCUAAACGAACCUAUGAGUACCGGUGCUGCUUCAUCAACCAUGUUAGAAACUUACGCUGCAAACAAUCGGAGCGAUCCCUCGGCGAAAAAUUCGGAUCACAGUGAUAUCGGGACUAGGCAGAGUCCAGUGACUAGCUCUAGUGUUGGUUUGCAAGAACCUAGCCAAAGCAGCCCAAGUGCAUCAUCUCAGGGUCAGAGAAGUACUCCAUCGACUCCUCUCGGUAUGGGUGCUUCGUCAAGCUCAGGUCACUAUUCUCCAUUCGGAACGCCGAGUGGUAGUGUCAGCAGCAGUACUAGUAACAUGUUUUCUUCUGCGUCAUCACUACCUCCACCUGCCAGUCCGCAUAUAGCUUACUCAACUUUCUCUGGCAUGGGGACCACUUACGCAUACCCAUACUCGGCACUGUCCGUUCGAUCUCUGUCAGCAUCAACAACUCAUGGUUCCACGCCCGUCACGAACAAUGUGUCUUCUGUGACGAGCUCUCGCAUUUCACCCAUGCCCGUCAGCAAUUCAUCGCGAAACUCUCCUUCUCCCCUAUCUCGGAGCAACCAGCCUCCGCCUCUACUAUCGUCCCAAUACGAACCGCUAUCGGACGAAGACUGAAAAAUAAUCGUAUUGGUUUGUUUCACCUAUUCAAGCUCCUGCUUUAUACUUAGCCCUCUGCAUUCCAAAAGAUUAGUGUUCUGAGUGUGGUACAUGAACCUGGCUUUAUAGCAAUCAAUAAUUUAUUGCCAUGAGUUUUUUCUCCACUCUAACAAUGAGAAGACUGUUUCUGUUGCUAGCUGUGGUAUUGCUCAUAAUAACCACUUGUAAUUCUUUCUCUUACUGUGAUCACCUCAUGGCAGAAUUAUGGUUCCAAAUUCACGAUGUUUGUAGUAUGUCUUUAUUGACACUGCCACUUCUUUUUCAGGGGCGGAUUUAUAAAGUUUAAAGAAAAAUUAAAUGUUAUUGGUUUUCCCCCUAAAAUCACUAAAAUAAUUUAGCAUAAAAAAGUUUAAGGAUACAGAAAGUCGAUGUUAGUAAUAUGCUAACAUUGUGAGGCUUAAAGGCGAGCCACUUCAUCAGUCCUCUGAUGUGCUCAAAACCACAAAAGAAACGUUCACUUUUGCUUUUUUUUUGGUCUUAUAAAGUUUGAAGAGUGCUGUUGUAGAGACUGCCGGCUAGCCUUGAAAACAACAUUAGGUUUUUACACUUUCUUUUUAUUUAUUCUUGGGCAAUUCUGUGGGUAACUGACAUUCUCAGAGCAAAACAAUAAGUAUUUAAUAACAUUCAACGAAAAAAUAAGAUAUUCGAAAAAUCUUUUUCCCUUGGUUUAUUGAAUUUUUUAAACUGAAUUGAAUGGUAUAAUUAAAUUUCCAAAAUACACUUUGGAUGAUUUUUAACAUCAUCUAAAAUGUAUUUUGGGAACUUACUUUUAUCAUUAGAUCAGCUUAAAACAAGACAAUAAGGCAGGAUAAAAGAUCUUUUGAAUAUUGUAUAUUUUGCAUUGAAUUUUAUAAAAUAUUUAAUGUUUUGCUUUGAGAAUGUCAGUCAAGUAUCCGUGUAUUUGCGCUAUUCUCUUUUUCAGUCAACAUUACAAUUUUUUUUUUUUAAUUUUAAACUCAAACUUUAACAUUAGCAUUUGUUCAGUUUCAGAUGCAUUCUGUCAACUUGAACCAGUAGGCAAACGUAAUCAAAUCCUAGUUAUCUAGUGGUAAAUUGCAAACAAAAACGUUGUUCUAGUCUUAAAAAACCAUAAAGCAGCAUACUCACAAACUCGGUGGGGUCUGUCGGAUUGAUUUCGAAACGGCAGUUUAGCGAGAUGGUGAAAGCCCGCCCCUGUUCCUUCUAGCUCAAUGCGAACUCGGGCAACUCACUCAAACUCAACAGCCGGUGUUCAGUGCCUUGGUCUGCUGCAGGGUACUCCAAUUCAUCCUAAACAGACGUUAGUAGUCUUGUUUGUUUUGCAAACAGGUGUACACAUCCAGUGUUUUCUGCCAGCAUGUAUGUCCAUCUUAUAUUGCAUAUAGCAGUGUCAUGCCGGCAUGUCCAAAAAAAUAAAAAUAAAUAAAAGAAAAAAAAAUUGAAUGUUAUCUGAGAGGGUUGUUGUCUUUCUUGUAUGUGUGUUAUAUGUGGUGCACCAGCGUGGUUACCUUUGAUUUUUGUAAAUACUUUCCAUGUUUGUAAAUAUGUUUGGGAAAUUUUAUGUUCUGAGCUUUAUUGUAAGUGACUUUUUACAGCACACUUAGGGAAACAGAGCUUCUGAAUAACUAGUUAAGUAUUCAUUCAAUUCUUGAGGUUUUUUCCUGCCAUCUUUUUCUUUGUACUGUGCCCGGUGGUUAUUUGUUUGAGGGAUGAUGACAUCAUUUUCUAGAUCUCACACACGAGUGGUGGAAAACAGAUUUCUCUACACCAAUAAAAUAGCUCCUUUCGUUUGAAAAAUUCUAGUGAUAUUGAAGAGCUGCACAAAAAGUUUAUUUGUAAAAUAAUUUUUUUGAGAGAAUUUUUUUAUUUAUUGAAAUGUGUAAUUAGCUUGUACUAUGCAUCUGGGCUUUGUUUUGUAAAUAUUGUUGUAUAUAGAAAGUAUUGUAAAAAGUUUAUGUGCAAUAUAGAAUAAAAUAUUUUUACUAAGGGGAUGAGAGAAUAAUUUACCCCUCCCGGUAACAUUCCAUUUGAUUUUUGAAUGUUUUCAUAUUAAGUAUCUGAAAUUUCAGAUUCCAUUUUUUUACUCUAGAGUUUUAUCACGUUAAUUUCAAUUUAUAAAAUCUGAUCUAAAUUUUAGUGCACAGUUUGGAUUUUAUUUUGAAAUCUUGAAACGUUCUUAAUCAUGAGUGCCUGCACUGAAUGAAACAUAAAAUUGGUCAUCUGAUCCUUGCUUAAAUCUGAUCCUUGCCGUUUUAAAAUCAAAAUGUGAAUCAUUCUUAUACAAUUUUCCCCUAAAUAAGUUUAAUAUUUUUAGUUCUAAUUUACUAGUAUAACUUUCCCCUCUUCUCAGGUUCCAAACGUUAUUCACAUGUAGGCAAUUCCACAGCAACAGGUCUAUCAAUUGUUGCUCAAAAUGUUUUUUAAAACUCAAGGGUGUAGGGUGUAUCCAGCUCAACAUGGAAGGGGGGGGGGGUCACUGUGACCUCCCAAAAUGUUCCUUAUUCAGUAUAUUUGUCUGACAAUUCCGCAAAAUGAUAAAAAAUUUGGCAAAAUUAGGGGUUCCAUUGUGCCAAUUGAAAGUUUCUGCCAGUUCGGUGUCCCCCUGGGCACCUCCAUCAUUUGGGCAAUUAAGGGACUAGUCUGUUGCCUUCCUCCCUCCAAAAUUUUGUAUAAUUCUAAGUUAAUAGCAGAAUUAACCCAACUAAACACCAAUAACUUUUUCUUUUCAAUGGACUCCCAAAGAAAAUGUAUACAUUUUCUUUGUAACGAAUUUACUACACAGCCAAACUAAAUUUAGAAAUUGAAGCAACUGUCUAUUUUUAGUGUUAUUUAAAAUAUAUUUAUGGUUUAGAAGGGGGGGGGGGGACGCCCAUGCAAAUAUGUUAGGUCUGUAUUUCAUUGAAUGAACUUUGAAAACAUAAUGAACUCGACUUCUAUAUAAUGCAAUUAAUACAAAUAAAGGAAAUGACAACCAUUACUGAGCCAAAAAUUCAUUUAAUAUUGUUUCUGGAUUCUUUGUGUAGAACAAGGUUGCCAUGCCACAGGAGAACCCAAAAAAAAAAAAAAAAAAAAAAAAAAAGGAAAUGUAAAGGGGAAAAAAACCUGGGAAUUAAUGAAAAUUUCCUUAAAAUCUAGUGCAGGGAAUUUUACUUUGGAAAUAAUAAGGUGCCAAAAUCAAUAUCCAAAUAUUUAAACUACAAAAUAAUAACAAAAAUAUGACUAAAUAAAUAAAAUAAAUGGUACUUUUAUUUUCAAAGUUUUUUUUUUUGUUUAAGUAAAUGGUAAAAUGUUAAUCUUUCUAAUAAAAAAAUGUUUUAUUUGACACUAGCUGCUUUGCACGGUCUACCUUGAAAAUAAAAAUUGUGUCAAGUGACUUAUGUUCAACAAUCUUAAUAAAAGAAAAAAAAAACAUCAUGCAAAAUUUCCCUCUCAAACAAUGACGACAGAUAUUAAAAUACUUUUAGGAAAUUAAAUCGAGAAAGAUGGAUUUAAAAAGCGUAACCAUGGAAACACAAAAUGAAAUAAGUUUAAGGAAUUAAAAUGCGAAAGAAAAUGGUUAACAAUUUGAAUGGAAAUGAGACUUUUUAAGCUUGAUUUAAAAAUGCUUGUAACUUUUUUUCUUUUCGAGAUAGAAGCUUAGUUUUUCGACCACAGGUCGAGAUGGUUCUGGAGUAAAAAAUAUUGCUUUUUCCAAUGGUGUCAAAAAGAAAACUGUGGGACAAUUUUAGAUUUAAUGAACAAAGUAAUGCCUAAAUUUCAGCUAAGCCUAAAAAAAUUCGAGCUAAAAAUGCAAAUAACUCCCGCUGUAAUUAAGUUAGAGCAUUGAAACAAAUUGCAUAGAACCCAGAAAAUUCUGCCCUUUCCAACGAUAUGUAACAUUAUGUGCAAGUAAUUUUUCACCCUCAUAUUUGGGGGAAUUUAUGUGAAAACUGGGCUUAAAUUGGAAUAAAAAUAGAACUACUCGUCAAAUUUUUUUCGAACUGGUCUGCAAACCUUUCUGCUGCUAUGAGAAAGAUGCUCUGAAGGUUUCAUUGAAAUCGGCCGGGUAGUUCUUGAAUUUUGUGCGUUUAAACAAACAGACGCUUUUUGAAGACUUCAUUUUAUACUAUGUAGAGAUACAUCUUGAAUUUUAUGCUAAUUUAAUUUAGAGAGCAUGAGAUUCAUGAGUUUUUUCUGUUCUGCUUAUUUUUUAUUUUUUUUAAAUAAUAAAAAGCAAAAUAUAAAUUUUAGUCACUCUACUAUUAUUUCAGUUAUAUUGAAUUAUUUAUUAUUACUAACUGGUUGCAACCCCCCCCCCCCCCUCCAAAGAAAAAAUUCUCAACCCUCAUUCCCUUUUUUAUUUUUAACUUUUAUUUAUUUUUAAAAAUAUUUUUUAUUUAUUUAUUUUUUUUUAAAAUUAUUAAUUAGUUCUGUGCUAUGCCAAUGACACACACAAACUAAAUAAAUAAAUGAAAUAAAAUACUAACAGAGUAAAAUAUUUAAAUUAAAAAUAAAUCAAUUUUUUUUUUUAAAUCCACCCAAAAAAUUUUGAUGGCACAGCUUGUGCCAUAAUCCCCCUCUGUGGGCACCCCUGAUAGUCAUACAGGGAAUCUCCCUCUCAUAAUUGAGUGGCAACCCUGUAGAAGUAGAUUCCGUGUUCUUCAUAAAGUUCAAGCAUUGAAACAAGUACCUAACCUAUCUGGAGUCUUUACAGGGCAUUUUGUGCAACAGUUGAUGCAUAUUUUUCUUCUCCCAAACAUGAUUUUGGUAAACAAGUGAAAAAGUUUUACAAGAUGUUCAUUUUAACAAUGCAAGUUGCCCAUUAAAAUACUUCAAAUCGUGUAGUCAUCCUAUAGUUUCAUAAGACUCAAUUAAGAAUUUCUGUUUUACCAAUUAAGUAUAUGUACGAGACACAUUUUCAUGCUGGUGUGCCAUUCUUGUAAAAUGAUGUAAAUAAUUUUUAAAAUUCAAAUGAACCAUUUCUCAUGGGCUCGUGCGGUAAGAUGUCGGAAAAGAAAUUUUUGCGAAUUUUAAACUCUGCUACUAAUUAAUGGCUAUCACCUUAAUUUCCGAAUUCAAUUAUUAUUUAAUUGCUAUGUAAUUCAGUUGAAACAGUCAGCAUCCAUAUUGGAUGAUAUUUUUACUUCUGUAUACUUGGUUUUGGGGUGAUAACUUGUAAAUUAUGAUUUUUUUUGUACUGUUGAGUACAAAAUUUGUUUUAUAAAAUGUAUAAGUUGUAAAUAGCGUUGCAGAUUUCUUCACCCGAAGGAAAAUGCAAAUUCAUGUGGUAAAGACUAUUUCUUCGCAAUUCAAGGAUUUAAAAGAGAGAGAGAGUUAAAAAUGUAUCAUAUCAGUGUUGAAUGUUUCUACCUAAGCUGGCUGUAGUAUUCAGAAACCUGUUACUUUUGUUGGCAAAUUAAAAAAAUGAAAAAC